GUCUGUUCAAAAUGAUCCAUAAAACAACUACAAAAUCUAUUCUCAAACGAAUGAAUUUCGACAUUUCGGUGUUAAAGCGCCACCUCCUGACCGGAUAGUAUAUUGUUCGCUGCGCGCUCACGCUGUACGGGGGCCGGGGGGCGCGCACGUUAUACACGCUCUGAUUUACCCAAACAAGAAAGCGAGCCAGGGCCAGCAUCAUGGAUGGAUAAUAAUCCAUCCACGGCCAGCAUCAUGGAUGGAUCAUGCUGCACCGAAAUACCGAUAUCAUUGAAGCUACAGAAACAACUAGUAUGGAUGAAGAUCUAAUUAGACGCUAAAAGAGGUGGAGGAGGUGGAGAAGUGAACCUGAAGAUGAGGCGUGUGUCCCGGAAGAAAGCCCUGAGCCUGGUGAAGGAGCUGGACGCCUUCCCCAAAGUGUCGGAGAGCUAUGUGGAGACCUCGGCUACGGGAGGAACAGUGUCACUGAUAGCUUUCGGUGCCAUGGCACUUUUGGCUAUCUUAGAGUUCUUUGUUUAUCGAGACACUUGGAUGAAGUAUGAAUAUGAAGUUGACAAGGAUUUUUCCAGUAAAUUGAGAAUAAAUAUCGACACUACAGUUGCCAUGAAAUGCCAGCAUGUUGGAGCGGAUAUUCUGGACCUGGCUGAGACCAUGAUCACGUCUAACGGCCUCCAGUACGAGCCUGUUACUUUUGAACUGACUCCACAACAGAGAUUAUGGCAAAGGACGUUGCUUCUCAUUCAGAGCAGGCUGAGAGAGGAACAUGCUCUUCAGGAAGUUCUGUACAAAACUGUCCUCAAAGGAUCUCCUACUGCCCUGCCGCCACGGGAGGAUGCUUCUAUGGAGCCGCUUAAUGCUUGCAGGAUACAUGGACACGUCUACGUCAACAAGGUGGCAGGAAACCUGCACAUCACUGUGGGAAAGCCUAUUCACCAUCCUCAGGGCCAUGCCCACAUUGCAGCUUUUGUGAGCCAUGAGACGUACAACUUCUCCCAUCGAAUAGACCAUUUAUCUUUUGGGGAGGAGAUACCAGGCAUCAUCAAUCCUCUGGAUGGCACAGAGAAAAUCACCUAUAACAACAACCAGAUGUUCCAGUACUUCAUCACAGUGGUGCCCACCAGACUCAACACAUACAAGAUAUCUGCAGACACGCACCAGUUUUCCGUGACUGAACGGGAGCGGGUGAUAAACCAUGCGGCAGGCAGUCACGGUGUGUCCGGCAUCUUUGUGAAGUAUGACACCAGCUCUCUGAUGGUGACGGUCAGCGAGCAGCAUAUGCCGCUGUGGCAGUUCCUGGUGCGACUGUGUGGCAUUAUCGGGGGAAUAUUCUCCACCACAGGCAUGCUCCAUGGGCUUGUUGGCGUCUGUUUUGAUGUUAUCUGCUGUCGCUUUAAACUCGGAGUCUACAGACCCAGAGAGGAUGCGCCACUGAACAAUCAGAUGAACAACCUGAACAAUCAUCAGACCCCUCUGUUGGUUGACAACGCCCCUCAGGAGUAGCUGCUUUUCAGUGACCCGGGUCUCGGCCAUCAUCGAACUGCUGAUUCUACCUGCUGACCUUUAAUGGUGAUGUGACAAACCAUUCAAAUAAAUGAACAGUUCCACCAGGACAGAUGGCUUAAUUCAGACCAUCAGAGGCUAUCUCAUGUUAUUUAUUGUUGUUUCAUUUGUAAAGAAUUGUGUUUUUUUAAUUGCCAACAUCAUUAUCUAUGUUUUUCUACUGUAAAAGGAAAAGCUGUCUGUUAAACGUUGUGCUGUUCACUUGAAUAUUCCAAUUCCCAUCUGUUUAUUGCACUUUAGAAGAAAUGUGUGCACUGUGACUGCAGUUCUUUGUGUGUUUUUAAGUGAUAUCUUCUUUGAAUGUCAUAAAGUGUUUUGUUUCUUCUGAAAUCUCUUAAGCGUUCUGUUGUGUUUGCUGAAGCAGCACGUGAUACUGAUCUUUUUGUUGUCAUUCCAACUCCAUUAAAGUUUAAAUACCCGCAGCAA